UUUGUUACAUUUAAAUGUACUUGGCUUGACUUUAUUUUUGAACAAAAACAGUUCUAUUUGAGCUUUAAAGUGAUGGACAACAUAUUUAGUAUUUGUUCUUAUUUCACAGAAUAUUCCAAAGAAAGUUUUUUAGUCUUGAGAAGCAAAAAAGAGUGCAGUAAAUUAAAUAACUAGCUUAAACAGACUAUAAGCUGUGACUAAUAUAAAGACAAUAUAAAUACUAACACAAUGUGGCGGUGGUUGGAGCAUCCACCUCAGUAUUGUCCCCCAAAUAAACCGAUGCCCCCCCUGUUAAAUUCGUCUGGAGCCGGGGCUGGUCGGGGGUCAAGUGGGUUUUAAACACCUUUGGCUGUGAUCUUUCCUUUUUUAUUUUUUUCACUAGAGAUCAGAGACCAGGAUAGGGACUUUGGGGGGGGUCAUAAAGUUUUUAGAAAGUGUGAAAAUGCAGAGUUCAAGUCGAGUUCUGCUUUAUUUUCUCCUCAUUCUGCUCCCUCUCUAAGGUUUUCCUGCUUUAAUCAGUUUUUGUUUAUGUGUGACUGUGAUCAGUCUUAAAUGUUAUGGUUGUGUCAGCGUGCAGCUGAGUGCAUGUGAGCAGAUAAAACAGAGAAAAGACAAAGAGUCCUUUUGUCCAUAACAGAGUGUUCCUUAUGAACUUCUUGCAACAUUUCUUGUCUAUAAAUUCACAAGAUUCAUAGUUUCUUUUACGAAGGACAUUUGGUUCCAUUAGUCUUUUUGUUUUUUACAUUGUGACAUCAGGGCUUUUUAAAAUAUUUUUUUGUAUUUUUGUUAGUCCUUAACUUGAUCUUUGUUAGCACAUUAACUUCACUUUACACCAAACUAACUUUUAGCCACAUAAAACAGAUGUUUUUUUCCCCAAUUAGUAGAUGAAUAUGUAAUCACGUCUCUAAUUAGUCUGUGGAGGAUCUCUGAUCCGUCCUCAGUGGAUCCUGACUGCAGCUCGCUGCUGGCAGUUUGGGCCAGGAUGGACUAACGUAGCAACUUUAAAAGUUCAUCCACGGACUGCUGGGCAGCAGAAUCAUGUAAUCCAACAAGAUCCUGUGAUUUAUGACCAGCACCAUGACAUCAUGUUGCUGAAGCUUCAGACACCAGUAACAGAUGUCCUACUUGCUCAGCUUCCAGACUGCAGUUAUCGUCUUAAAGCAGGCGAUGUUGUUCAGCUGGCAGGAGAGGGAGCAACGACAACCGGCCCCAAUAAUGAACGAUUAAUCGGUGCUGCUAUUUCAUCACAUCUGCAGUGUGUCGACAUGAGAAUUGUUGGUGCUUCCGUCUCCCUGUGGUCAACUGGGUAUAUAUUCUAUGCUUCAGCACCGAACAGGGAUAUAUGUCGUGGCGACACUGGUGGAGCGGCGGUGCACAACGACAUGAUUUAUGGAAGUUGUGAACAAAGUUUAAAAGCUGCUGCAGGACUGCAGACAUUCAGAGGAAGCUGGACAAGCAAUGGCUCUGCUGAAGGUUCUGCUGCUGCUGGGGCUGGGUGCUUCAGUGAACUCAGAUGUUUCUCUGCAGAAGAGAAUCAUUGGAGGUUAUGACUGUCAUCACACGGAGCGUCUUUAUCAUGUUCGGCUGGAGAGCAGCAAUGGUAUUUAUACGACCCUCUGUGGAGGAUCUCUGAUCCACCCUGAGUGGAUCCUGACUGCAGCUCACUGCUGGAAGUCGGAGCCAGGAUGGACUAAUGUAGCAACUUUAAAAGUUCAUCCACAGACUGCUGAGCAGCAGAGACUGGUAAUCCUACAAGCUCCUAAGAUUUAUACGCGUUUCGGCCAGCACCAUGACAUCAUGUUGCUGAAGCUUGAGACACCAGUAACAGAUGUUCCACUUGCUCGGCUACCACACCGCAGGUAUCGUCUUAGAAGAGGCGAUGUUGUUCAGCUGGCAGGAGAGGGAGAAACGACAGUCAGCCCCAAUAAUGAGCAAUUGCCCCCCGGUGCUCCUAUUCCAGCACAUCUUCAGUGUGUCGACAUGAAAGUUGAUCAGGUUUCCGUUGUCAUGCCGACGUUUGGCAUUUUAUUCUAUGUUAAAACACCGAACAAGGAUGUAUGCUAUGGCGACGAUGGUGGAGCAGUGGUGUACGACGGCAUGAUUUAUGGUGUGAUUUCUCUUGGUCAACCAUACUACACAUGUCAGAGUCACGCUGCAGUCGUGGAUGUGUGUGAAUAUCUGGGGUGGAUAAAAUUUACAGUUGGGCUUAUUUAAGCAUAAACUAUCAUGAAAUAAAAUUCUCAUCAAAUUUAUUCUCACAUAUAAUUUUAUAAUUGUAUCUUCAUCUUUUUGAUGCACAUGUUUGUAGAAUUAGAAUAAAUUAAUUGUUUUGUUGUAUUUUUCUCACCUGAUCUUGACCUGCCUAAUGGAGCUUUCUCUGCCUCAGAAAUGAAAAAUAAAUCAAUAAAUGCAUGAAAAAGAAA